AUGGAAUUACAUUCACAGCUCUUCCCUCUGCAACAACUUGUGUCAACUCGCACAAAACCAAAGUACAAGGUCAAGCCAUACAAAAUGACCGACAGCAAAUGCAAGCUUCAACAGGAGCUCAUCAAAUGGAGGGACUCAAAAAUAAUUGAGGAGGAUCUCGAUGCCGAUGACUUUUUUGGACCCCAAAUGAUCAUGUCAAACAAGAUCCUGAACAGUAUAGUCGACCUCGCCCACUACCAUAAGAUCUUGUCAACAACUUCUCUCUUCCAGCAGACAUCAUGGUGCUACUCCUCCAAAUACAGGCAAAGCAUCCUAGAUAUUAUUCUCACUUGCAUCCCUUUGCCCAUUGUCAAACCUCCCGCACCACCUGCUACAAUUGUUUCACCUCCACUUGGCUCAUUGUCAUCGGCAAACCACCAACUGAACACCAGCACCUUUGCCACAAAUGGCAUCGCGGUGUCAUCAAAACAUUCAUGA